AUGCUCAAAGAAGACCAAGACUGUGCUGAGGAACUUGAUGAGCAGCUUAUAAACGAGGAAUACAAAAUCUGGAAAAAAAACUGCCCAUUUCUUUAUGAUGCUUUAAUUACUCAUGUCCUAGAGUGGCCAUCAUUAUCUGUUGACUGGCUGCCUUCAAAAGAAUCCCGCUCCAAUUGUGAUUACACAGUCCAGAAAUUAGUGAUAGGUUCUCAUACCUCAAAAGCAGAGCAAGAACAAUUAAUCGUUGCAAGCGUAAAAUUGCCACUAGAAGAAACAAUCAAUGCCAAAUCAGUCCUGGAUAAUACCAAUGAGGCUAAUUCUCUUGUGAAAGCUGAGUUCAAGAUAGAACCGAUUAUCAGGAUAAACCAUGAUGGUGAACCGAAUAGAAUCCGAGUGAUGCCAAAGCACGACGAUUUGAUAGCUACCAAAAGUCCAUCAGGGAUUGUUUAUAUUUACGACUACACCAAACACCCAAAUAAGUCUACGAACGGCCCUCAGCUGAUUCUUCAAGGCCAUUCUAAAGAAGGAUUCGGACUGUCUUGGAACACAAAUAAUCAAAAUUGACUGGCAAGUGGCUCGGAUGACCAUUUAGUUUGUGUUUGAGAUAUCGCUGCAGCCACUGAUGCGAAUAGCACAUUAUAUCCUUACAGAACGCUAGUAGCUCAUACUAAUAUAGUAGGAGACGUGUCCUGGAGCGAGUUUUAUAACCAAACCUUAGCAUCUGUUGGAGAUGACAGAAAAUUGAUUUUAUGGGAUUUAAGGCAAGACAUCCCAACCCAUUGUAUAGACGCUCAUAUACAUGAAAUAAAUUCAGUAGACUUCAACAAGACAGAUGAAAACCUCUUGGCAACAGGCAGCAGUGACAAAACAGCAGCUAUUUGGGACAUCAGAAACAUGGCAAAUAAGCUGUGCUCAUUGGAAUUUCAUAAGGACUCAGUGCAUAGCGUAAGGUGGGCACCUUUUAGUGGAACUUUAUUGGGAACUGCGGGAAGCGAUAGAAGAGUAUUGGUUUGGGAUUUGAGCAGACUUGGAGACGAUAGCAUGGAUGAAGACCAAAGUGAAGGGCCGCCUGAACUGCUAUUUGUGCAUGGUGGGCAUACAGCAAAAGUAACAGAUAUUUCUUGGAAUAUGAAUGACCAGCUAAUGAUGGCAAGCACGGCUGAAGAUAACAUUUUGCAGGUCUGGCAGAUGACCCAUGCAUUAUUUGCCCCGCUAGAUAUUAGGAUAGAUAGUGUUGACCCUGCAGAUUCUGAAGACUUAUAA